UAUUAUCUCUAACAAAGCAUAUAGAGAUCAAAACUACAUUGUUUAAUAUGGCGAUUACGAAUUACACUAAGGAUCAAGUGUUCAUCAGUUUCCGGGGAAAAGACGAGCGGAACGGAUUGCUAACUCAUCUCAAAAGCAAGCUGGCUGAUGGCAAUGUGAAUGUGUUCACCGACGACAAUGUGACUGGUCAACGGCUCGAGAACCUCUUCGACCACAUCAAGAAGUCAAGGAUCGCGAUUGUGAUCUUCUCAAAGAGCUAUGCGGAGUCAGUUUGGUGUUUGGACGAGCUGGUGAUGAUCAAGAAAUGCAUAGAGACGGAGAAGCUCAACGCAGUCAUACCAAUCUUCCAUAAGGUGAAGGUUUCGAGCGUUAAGAAACAGAGCGGCAAGUUUGGAGAAAAGUUUCUGGCUUUGCAAAAAUCUUUGCUUGCUGAAGAAGUCAAUAAGAAGAAGAUUAAGAGUAUUAAUUCCAGGAUCAAGAGAUGGAAGAAAGCUUUGAAGAUCGUCACUGGAAUGGCUGGUUUGACUUAUGACAGAAAAAGUCCUGAGUUGGCUUUCGUGGAGAAAGUCGUUGAAAAGGUUAAUAUGAAUUUAGCCAAUAUUGCAACAGAGGAAGGGCGUAACGAUACUAUAGAAACUACUGAGGUACAACUAACUCAGGUUAUUUAUAAUGUCAGUCAGUUAAACAUAAAAAUCCAGCUCCAUCGUUCAAAGAGCUUGGAAGCUCUGAGAUUGAGUUAUAAUCCUGAGUAUCACAACAAGAGAAUUGAUUUGAAGCCUUCAUCUCCUACUCUUAGACGCACCGCCUCAGAUCUUGACCAUAGAGAUCAAUAUGGCCCAUUUCCUUUUGAAGCGCUCAUGGUUCCAAAGCAGAACGAGAAUCAACUGAGCCUCGCCAAUACUGUCCCGAAACAAAUAAAGGGGUGGCACAACUUGCAUUUGGUCUCUGCGUUACUGUUUGGAGCUUUGUUUGUAUCUUACAUGAUGCGGAGCAAAAGAUGAUCCAAAAGAAUUGCGGGCAUGAACCUUCUGAUGCAAGUAACUAAGCGUCUGUUUUAGGUCUACUUGUUUCUUAAGCAAGAGAGUUUUUUCUGCCGUCUUGAGCUAGUACUCAUAUUGAUUUUACGUGGAAGAAAGUCCAUUAAGAAAAGAUAGUUUGUUGCCUAAUUAGUCAGCUGAGAU